GGCAACCAAAAUUUUCAACUCUAUCCGUACUGGACAAAUGAAAAAUGUACAGAAAUUUGCUUACUUUAUGGUUUUGGAUUUCGAAGCAACUUGUGAACAAGAUAGAAAAAUUCCAGUUGCUGAAAUUAUCGAAUUCCCCGUUCUCAUGAUAAAUGCUUCUACAUUGCAAACUGAGGCUAUUUUCCAUCGCUAUGUUCGUCCUACUGUUAAUCCAACAUUAAGCGAUUUUUGUACAGAACUCACUGGUAUAAUACAAUCCAUGGUAGACGAUCAACCGGAUUUACCGACUGUACUCAAAACGUUUGAUUCAUUUUUAGAUGAGAAUAAUUUAAAGAUAAUUCCGUAUCAAUUUGCUUUUGUGACGUGUGGUGACUGCGAUUUAAAAACAGUGUAAGCGACAUAACGUUUUUUGGUAAAUUGUCAUAAGACAUUUCAGAUAGUAUUCAAAUGUAAUAUUUUAAAUCUAAAAAUUUCUACACUGAUACAUCAAACAACUAGAAACAGUAAAAACGGAAUUUAUCUAUGUUGUUAAUUCAAUAAAUACACUGAGUUACAUGAAAGUUUCAAGGGAACUUAGAAAAUACUUUCAGGGAAUUUGUAAAAUAUUGACGGCUGUUACAGAAAUAGUACACUUAGGAAAACGUCUUUCAAAAUGGAUCAUUUUCUCCAGAGAGGUCUUUGAAGAGUGCAAGGAUAUUACAAACCUUUAAACUGAUUAAAUGAAUUUACAAAAAAUUAUGCUUAUUAUUCUAGCUAAACGUUUGGUGUUCAGAAAAAACAUGAAACGAUUAAGGCAGUUGAAAACCCGACUUCUAAGAACUUCAAGUGGUAUCACGAAAAGAGUAAAGGGAAGAUAUAUACGUUUGUAGCUACAAAUGAGAAAAGGUUUAAACGACCUUACAUUGAUUAGCUUUGGAUUUCUUAAUAUAGAUUUUUUUAUUAUCUCAAUUUGUGUAUUUAUUUGAUAAUAUUUGUACAUAUCACAUAGAAUUUUAUUUGCAUUGCAUAUGAUGUUGAACACCUGUAAGUCAAUUUGUAGUUUUACGAGAUAGGUAGGUUUUUUUCAAGCUGCAUAUUCGAUUGGUUGCCUCAUAUUUCACUCAUUAGUUAUGUAUUUCUCAUCUGUAUGCUUCUUCUGUAUUUCUUCACUAUCUCAUUUUUUUGUUUAUGUUACCCGUACUUAUUUUGAAGCUUCGGUUGCACCAAUACAGUUAAUCUUUUGUGGAACUUCAAAUCAUACACUAGGUGGUCUGUAAUUGAUUACCGAAACUUGUGAUCGUUAAUUUAUCACUACAAAUGCUAUUUAAUAUUAUUUUUAUCAUAUUUACCUUUAUCCUCUACGUGGUCGUUGGUCGUAUUCUGGUAUCACUCCCAUAGUUAAUAAAAAGAUCGGUCAACUGAAUCAACAACCUUGUGGGGAUGUCUACUGUAAAAUAAAAGAAAACAACAUAACAUGAUCACACUGACAAUUAAUAUUCGAAGAAUAUGAUCAAAUAAAUUUUUAGGUGUGUGAAAAAAAGGUUUUUAUUCAUUUACAAACAGAUAAUUCUUGACGUCAAUAGAACUGCCGCUUCAUUUCUAUAAGUUGUUAAAGCUACUAAAAUCACUUAAACUAAUGAUAAUACUCCUAUCACCAAUAGCCAAAACUUGGUAAAUAUUGUCAUUUUUAUCUGUUAUCUGCUCUCUACCUUUUAAAUAAAAAAAUCAAUUCACUAUGUUUUUAAAAUUCUGUCAGAUGUUGCGUUUAAAAGUAUAGUACUAUAGUAAACGAAUGCUCAGGUGAGGAAGAUCAGUUUACUAUUUGAUGCAAGACUACGGUUCUUUAAUAAAAUAUGAAAACCAUACAUUAAAUACAUCAUUUGCACAUCUUUCAUCAGUCAUCCUUUACAUACCUGAUGAUUCUUUCAAAUCUUUUGUUAUUACAAUUUCUUUCUGUUUACCUUUCUGUUAUCUCCAACUGAAUCUUCUCAAUCUUCUACAGGCAUGCAUUCCACUUCCGAUUGGUAUUGCAUACUACUUAUAUCUGUCAAUAUUAGUAGCAUACACCACAGUUCUACCUACUUGUUUUACUGAUGAACUUUAAUUGGAAUAUUUAAGUCUUUUUUAAUCAAAUAUCUAUUUGAAAGUUUUUUGUUUCUCUGAUAGUCUAUCCCAUUUAUAUAUAUAUGGACUGUGAUACUGCCCGGGUGUCCGGACCGAAGCAUGUGGUUUUCAUAGGGGUCAACACCCGUUUCUUUCAACCUAAAGGUCUGAUCCACAAGAACGCGGAGUAACGCCAGGAGAUGUAGUCCCAUGGUAGCCGUUGAGCAGCGAUAGGUUCAUACGCCAUUUGCUCUUUCAGAAUCCUAGAGCCUAUAUGAACCAUUGGUGUGGAAUCAGGGUUUUCCAACUCCUCUAAAUGGAUCAUCCUUAUCCAACAUCCAGGUUAAAGCGCCGGACAUUCACUUUUAGUCCUCUCAAUUUCGUAAACAACACCCCCGCUACAGUAAGGUAGUGAGUAGGACUUCUCUGGCAGUGGUGUAUACGCGUGGCUACUUGAGAGCAUUUCGAGAAGGAGAGCUGACUUUCACCACCCUCCGUCGUACCAGGGCUUUCGGGGGCAAAUAGAAACUAUCUAUUAAUUCUUUUUUUUCAAUCAAUCUUUAGUGUAUCAUCAAUUAGGCACCAUAAAUUGCUAAUAAAAAUGGUCAUUCAUUAAUUUGUUUUCCGUGAUUAUAGAUUAUGUUAUUGUUUACAAAUGUAACAGGAUUUUUACUUACAUUGUGUUUUUCUUUUUUAAAUUUUUAUUACUUGCUUAUGCCUGUUAUCCCUUGUAGAGCAUAGACCUCUGACCAGAAAUCUCUAAUUAACUCUGUUCUCUUCUUUCUAUACAUUCAUAAAACUAAUGUUUGUAAUAAUCUAUCUUAGAAAAUCCACAUCAUAAUGUAUAAUUCGUUGAAUUUUAAUAAUAAUUGACAUUCCAUUGUAUCAAUCAAAAUACGUAUGUUAAAUACUUUAAACACUACCUUUCGUUCUUUAUAUAUUGUAAUCUACCUAACUACUCGGCAUUAGUUUAAAAUAUAUUUGUCUGUAUCGGCUGAAUCUCAUUUCAAAUAAACUAUUGAUAAACUUGGCCGUAAAUGGAUAGUAAUCCUAUUAGUCAGCCAUCGAUAUUGAUUGAUGUAAAUAGUUGAUAAUUCGGCAUUAUAAUUUUUUUAAAAAUACUACGUCUACUAUUAUUACUAGCUUAUUGAUAGCUACUAAAGGAGCAUUUAUCGGUUAAUAAUGAAAUUUAACUAGGCUCAUUGAAGAAUAUGAUCGAUUUGUACAAUUAGUUUCAUUAAUUGUACAUAAUUUAAUAGAUUAUUUAAUGUUGGUGAAAUGCAUUGUGUUAAGCAAUAGCCUGUCUUAUUGUUCCAUUAAAUGCCCUGAUAAGGCUGAGAGUGAAAAAAGUCCAUCCUCCUUAUAUUGCUUUCGUAUGGCUAAGUGUUUAUAACUACGUCCAGAGAAUUCCUACUUCCUGCCUCCACAUAAUUAGAGUGUUUAUAUAAAAGUAAGACGACGAAAAUAAACUUUCAGUGCUUAAGCUGGAUUGCUGAAUGUGUAUUAGUAAUAUUGACAGUAACUUAAUAACACUAAUUACCCUUUUACAAACCACUGUUCUUUUCUUCAUCUAUUCUUUUUAAUUUGUCACACCCGAUGGACAGUGUCCGUGUGGUAAAUGAAAGCAAAUUAUUUCGAAUGAUCUGUUUUAUGGGGGGUUCGAUCCCGUCUCCUACAUAUAGCAUAGACUGUAAAUAUAUGAAUUUAUUGCUCUAGUUGAGAAGAAUUAUAUGACAUUCCUGUCCCUUCGGUUAUUUAAUUCUAAUAAUCUUCUGUGAUUAUUAUUAUAGUCUAUUUGUCCAAGUUUGACCCACUUCCUAUGUCGAACUUUUAUUAUUUUAUUAGUCUUAGCACUACUAGUACACAUAUCUUCUUACUAUCGAUUUGCACUUUUUACCUAUUAUGUGUGACUAUUGAAUCUAGUUCAUUGCGAUCAUUGAUUCAUAAAUUGCCUUAAUUAACUUAGUAUUUUAAUUUAUUCUUGUAUAUUUGUGUAGAGCUUGAUGAAGAUCUAAAUUAGGACAAUAUUGUUCUCUUAUAUGUGUUGCUCCAAAUCCCUUUAAUUUGUCAUGGUAAAAUUUUUGAUUAAUUAAUGGUUUUGUAAUGUGAUGUAUAUAUAUAUCCUUGAUGAAGGUUAUUCAAUCUUGAACGUGUGUAUUAAAAGCCUAUUGAUAAAAUGACAUUUAGUCAGAAUCGGGGACAUUUCGAUUUACUGGCCUGACUUAACACCGGUUAGUCUUAUCCGUAGUCAACUUAGUAAAAUUAUUCUAAUCUAAUAAUCACGAUCAGUUUGCGGUUAUUAAAAAUUUGAAUUAACUCAUUUGUCAGUGAUUUUGGUAUGAGAGGUAUUGAUAGAGUUUGAACCAAGAACCUAGGUAGAUGUUUCGAUUGUUGAUAAUUACCAAUCUCUGGGUGUAAUCAGUUAUAACCUAAAGUAUACUGGAUAUCAUUAUUUCAUUUCAUAUGGCAAUGAUUCACAUAAGUACUUUUUAUAUAAUUCUGUUGUAUACUAAUAAUUUUGAGACUUAAUUAAGCGAAACCAAAUCGUAUAUAUUACGUGCUCUGCUUGAUUAUGGCUAAUAUGGUAUACGGCUUUGGUAUUCGUAUGCACGGAACUCAGUCGCAAAAAAAGAGACGGAAGAAGGCAAAAGAAGCGUUUAUUGAGUAGGUGUACGAAAUGUACGGAAAUACAGGUGUAUUGAUACUUUUUGGACAUAGAUUAUAACACCACUAUAAUCCAGCCAAUCCGGAAGUAGGAUGUUUGCACAACUAUCCAAUCACAACAUGUCACGUUGAUAAUCUAGAAAUAUCUAUCUGGUUUUGAUUGAACGAAAUCUCUUCGGCUCCGUUAGAGUCUCUGAAGGAUAUGUUGCACUUUCUGGGAGCCAUCUCAACGGUUUAUUUGCGUUAUAAUGACAUAAUGGUUCGCUUUCUAAUAAAAAGGAUCAUUUCUGUUUUUAAAACUUGUGACCUUGUGAUAAUAUCUCUUUGCGAUGCCGAUUUGAGGUCAUUAAAGUACAUCAGGACAUUUUUAUUUGAUGACGAACUGGACCAAUGCCAACUGUCACCUUGUUUACGAAUGUUAUAUAUAUAUAUAUAUAUAUAUAUAUAUAUAUAUAUAUAUCGAAUUACCACUUUAGUUCAAUAAUUAUUGAUCACUUUCUGUCGGUUGAUGGAUUAAAUAAAUCUGUAAAAUUUUACUACUGACUUAUUAUUAAACAGAUAUCUAGAACACCAUAUAUAUGAAAUUCUAGUCAGAAAAUACAACUAUGACGAUGAUAAUCAUGAUGAUAAAAAUCAGUUGAAGAAAGUCAAUCAAUAACAUUGAUGCAAUAUUUCCGUAGAUGGUGAUAUUGAUCCAUACACUCAUUGUAUUAUAUUUAUUGAAUAAUUGAUAAUUAUGCAAAGUGUGUUUUAGUUUUAGUAAACUUAAUUAUUUAAUCAGUUCAUAAAUAUAUUUCGAUAAUGUAAUAAGAAGACGAAGAUUAUCAGAACUAUGUGAUAUAUUAGUGAAAUACAUUUCGAACAAUCUGAUCGAAAUGUAUUACACUAAUAUAUCACAUAGUUCUGAUAAUCUUCGUCUUCUUAUUACAUUAUCGAAAUUUAUCAAAGGGACUAAUUGCUUUAAAUUUCAUAAAUAUAUGUUUAUUAUCAGUAUAGGGUUGUGGAGAUCAUCGAGUUUUAAUUGACAUCAUAAAUCAAUCAAUGUUAGACCACUAUUGAAAACCUGGAAUCACUAGAUGGAUGUUUCGCCUUAGUAUGGAAUUCCUUAGUAGUACUCACUUAAUAAGUGAUUGCUGUGUAUAAGAGUGUAAUUUUCAUUUGAGAUUCCAUUUUAAACAUCUGAAGUUAUCCACAUCUGUUUGCUAUGAAGAAAGUUAAUAUAAUGAAAGAUUUAGUUUAAAAUUAGAUCUCCAGUUUUAAUUACAGUUAUUUGCAGCACUCACCCAUUAAAUAAGCGAAAAUAUGGGACACUUCACAUUUAUUUGACGCCAGAAGACGACAAGAUGACCUCAGUUAUAGAAAAAUUAUAGUUACUGAUGUAUGGUAUCUGAUACGUGACCUUGAUAUUAAACUAUCGUAAUAUGCUUUAGCAAUAUAAUGCAGAUUGAGUAACGUAUAUUAUAUUUAUUGUACUAUGCUACAGAAAUUUUAAUACGUUCUUGUUCUUUCUAGUUAUGAAACAAUCUGAGAUUGUCUUGGUUAUUGUGUUUGUAUUACUGACAUUUAACUGAUGACUGGAAUUAAAAGAAAAGCUUAGUUGGAGAAGAGUUCAUACUAGUAACUUCUUAGCAGUCAUCAACGCGGCAGUUUAUUAUUUACUAGUUCGUAGUCACUGGUUGUUGAGUUCGGCGUGUGAAAAGAAGGAAUACACAGCUGUAAUAAAUACUGAAUCGGAAAUAAAUAUGUUUUCGCGAAUUCAUCAAUUUUAGUUUUAAUUAGUGGUGCGGUUUUUGACUAUCCCGUCAUUCUAAUUCAAGACCUUAUGAAUGACUGGAUAAAAAUUGAAUACUCAAAUCAAACAAUACCAACUUGACACAUUUUCGGAAUUGCAUACUUUAUGUUUAACCUCAUUCAUACUAUUGGACAUUGAUAUUUAAGAUAGUUGGUUGAUAAGAUAGUGACUUAUUUUUAGCCUAACUCAGCAAAUUUAAAUACAUACUUUCCUAUAGUUGAAAUUAUGAGUCAAUUGAAGCUAGACCACCAUGGAAAACACAAAAGUAAUGGACGGCCGUUUCGUUCUAGUAUGGGACUCCUCAGCAGUGCGCAUCCGCAAUCCCGCUCCCCGCGAGAUUCGAACUUAGGACCUAUCAGUCUCGCGCGCGAGCGCUUAACCAUUAGAGCACUAGACCGUUAUCCAACGGUAUUAAUGUCUAAAGUCAACCAAUCCACGAAGUUGCGCCACCAUCCACCAUUGUCUUCAGUGAGUAAUUGCUUCACAACAGACCUGGGUGAACUCCACUGGUAACGGCUUCUCACUAGAACUCCAGGAAAUGCCUUAUGAAGUCAGUCACUAGUGAGCAGAUGAUUAUUAUUAGAAGGGGUUUUGUGGAGAUUUCUUAGGAAUUUCAAUAGUUGAAAUCAUGAGUCAAUUGAAGCUAGACCACCAUAGAAAACCUGGAAGCACUGGACGGCCGUUUCGUCCUAGUUAUUCUCGAUUGAGUGACAUUUGUUUAUUUCGAAAACUUAUUAGAGCCCAAGCAUUUUAAUGUAAAGCAUUAAGAUAUGAUUAUUGAAACCGACAUUAUAUUAAAUCGGUGGGAAUGAAAGAAAAAUAUUUUAAGUUGGAAAUUAUGUUCUUGCAUUUUGGUAUUUAACUUCAUUUUUAGUUUUUUUUUUCUCAUAUUCAGUUAAUGUUAAGGUUAAUAAACCUAAAUGCACCAGAUAAACGAUUAGUUUAUGACAUCUGGCAUUGAAUUUAUGUAUUAGUUCAUGCUCUUUUAAAGAUAUGUAUUUAAGUCAUUUAUAGAAGUUUAUACUUCGUUUAUUUGUAAAGUAUCUGAUAUCACUGAUCAGUCUCAAGCAGUUAUCUAAGAUACGGUCUAGAUGCAGUCUUAAGUGACCUAUUUGAUGUCGUUCACUUGUAGUGACUCAGUUUAUUCACGUAACUAUUUAAAGAGUAUAAAAUCAGAUCAUUCAUGUGACAAAUGAAUUGUUCUAGACUUAUUGAUUAUUUUUUACACCAUAUAUUUGUCCUUGUUAAUUUAUUUAACGUUACGUUAGUCGUUUUUGUACAAUUAAUUAUUAGUACUUGCCCAUGUAUUCUUUCACAUACGUUUGCCUUUAUAUCUUUGAGGUGAAACCAAACCAUACUAGCGCCCUUGAACUGAUCAAUUAGAUUCAAGAUGACGAAUGUCGUAAGUAUAUGUAAUUUAUACAAAGCAGUUAUGAAUACACCGUUUAGAUUUUAUGCUUUAACUAAUUUGGAUGAUGAAACAAUUAUGGUAUAGCAGCUCACUUGCAAUUGAGUAUGUUGACAUUUAAUUUGGCUAAGCCCUUUUGUUAACUUAUUUAGCGGACAGAGACAUCCGUGCUAUAACAACUUAUCUAUAUCUUUGUACCUUUAUUAUUGUUGUGCUUGUAUGAAACAUGUGUGCUUGAACAUUACUUACUUCCUACUCAUAUCUUCACUCUUCUAACCUUAAUAUUAGUCGCUUAAUUGAUUCGAUGAUUUACUCAUUUCCCUAUGUAUAUAUAUGUAUAUUUUAAUCCUAUUCAUUUUGACUCGCUCAUUCGACUCGCACACUCACUCGCUUGCUCAGUUGCUUUUCAACGCUACUCUUUCAUGCUUGCUUAGCGUACCUGCAAUUUUGGAGAACUGUGUGGGGUGCAAUAAUAAACGUAAUCAGCACUUCGUAUUCGCCUUCUGAUUAAUACACCGUUGGGAGUUAUUUAGUGUUGGUUAUCAGGAUGAAUUGUAUACGAAGUUUAAGAAUUAUAUUGAAUACCGACCAUUCAGGAUACGAAAUAGAACAUUACAGAAAGCUAUUUUGAGUGGGUUUCAAAUAGAAAGACAUAAACUCUUACUUAGGAUAAGACAGUAUAUCCUACCUGAAACUAUGUAUAGGGGCGAUGGGAGAGCCUAUGGAUGCUUUACAGGCACAGUUAUUUCUAUCAAGUAUCCGUUUAUAAAUGGUAUUUUGUGAACCCUAGAAAGAGUGUAUACAACAACAAUUUUGAAGCUAUGUGGUCAAGAUUCAAGGACUACCUUCAACUAUAUAAAGGCUCCAGAGGAAGAAUAAUUGAUGGUUACGUGGACGGAUUUUUUUUGCCUCACUUAUUAUGAUUUUCGUCCCAGUGAAAUCUUUUCUGACCUCUAUAAAUUCAUUAACCAUUUUCAAACUAUAUAUUCAUUGUAUUUUUUCAUUUUCUCACCAUACAUAUUUCCUUUACAUAAUCUGCAUUGUGAUUGCGUCAUAUCUGAUUGGGCGUUUUCAGGGUCACUCUCAGAACUCCUGAAGGUCGUCAGUGUAGUUUUAUUUCUGUGUUUCUCUUUUCAGUAGCACCGUUGUCUACUUGGGGUUAUCCGUAAUAUCAUUUACGAAAUUAAUUAUGGGAUCUAUAUUUUAACCGGGUUGACCUGUGGCUACACAAUAUUUAGACGAACAUUUCUAAAUGCUUCGUAAUUUCACCACUAUAUACGUUAGGGAUUAUGCUAAUCCAUAGUUUGGAAUUAGUUUUUUUUAUGAAAAAGAUCUUAACCAGGUAUCAUUAGAUAUGCCAAUCAGCAAAUCUUGAUUGCUACUUUUCCAUAUAUAUUUAUACAUAUAUACUCAAUUAUACAGCUUCAUUUACAAUUUUCCCCUUUGACCAAUUGGCUGUUUUGUAAUAUGUUAUACAUAAUACAGUUAUAUAAAGUUUCUUUAAAUGUUCAGUUUUUUACAUGAAUAAAUUUUUAAUUCAUCCACUUAAAUACCUUUCUGUGUCAUCAAAAUUUUUGAUACUUACAUUUACAUAACUGGUUAUUCUCAAUUUAAAUUACUGAUUUUCUAAAUUUUGCCUUAAUAUCAGUCAAUUAAAGAUAUUUAAAUUGACUCAUGAAUUCAACUAUUAAAAUUACUACAAUCUCCACAAAUCCCCAUUCUGAUAAUAAUCAUCAUGUACCGACUAGUGACUGGCUUCAAGAUGUACUACUUGGGGUUCUAGUGAGAAGCUGUGACCAGUAGAGUUCAGCCGUAUCUGUUGUGAGGCAAUCACUCACUGAAGACAAUAAUGGACGGUGGCGCAACUUCGUGAAUUGGUUGAAGUUAGGAAUUAAAACCGUUGGAUGCCGGCUCAGUGGUCCAGUAGUCAAGCCUUCACUCACGAGGCCGAAGGUUCUAUGUACGAAUCCCACGAGUAGGUUCGUGGAUGCGCACUGCUGAGGAGUCCCACACUCGGACGAAACGGCUGUCCAGUGCUUCCAUGUUUUCCAUGGUGGUCUGGCUUUAAAUGACUCAUGAAUUCAACUAUUAUAUAUAUGAUUUAUAAAAACCAGUUGGAAAUACUUCGUACUUUUUUAAGCAUAGCAACACCGCGUAUGUUCCAUGUUAGUACAUUUCUUUGUUUUAUGUAUAAUAUUUAAUCUGUUGUUAUUGAAAUGAAAACAUUUGAUAAGAAAUAUUUAGCGAAUAGAUAAAUUUUAUAAUUUAUUUGUUGAUUUACUUAUGCUUUUUUAUUACACAAAAGGUCACUGUCAUAUUAAUUUUUGUUUUUUAUAAUUCCAUCCAUUUUACUUUUGUCCUUUUUAAGAGUAUGACGUCAAAGUAUUCUUCAACUAUUCACGAUCUAGUAGUCUAUACUAACAAAUAGUAUAAAAAAUCAAACUAGGAAUAAUAAGUUUUAAUUCCUUAUAAACAUUUAUGAAAGUUAAAUCUUAAUCGAUAAACAACCUUGCAUGUUGUCUUUCUAUGAUAAUCAUAAACUUUUCCGAACAUUUGAAUUGAUUCCAGUUACUUCCGGUGUGUAGUAGAGGUGUAAUCUUGUGCAUUUCAAUAAUUUAUUUUUUAACUUAGCAUAUAACAGAGAAAGCUGUUUCCAUCAUGAUACUAUGUCCAUUGUCUGUGAGAUAGGAAAGAAUGGCGCAGCUUAUAGACUUAUUGACACCUUAGUCCAAUCACCUGUGCACAUGUUCUCGAAUACGUAAGGAUAACCCUCUCUGAGUACGGCUUAUGUUACCAGCUCCUCUAGAGCAGUUUAACUGAUAAACGUAUAUUGACAAACCAAUUAUUGCUACCUUAUACUUGAUUAUCUGAAUCAUCAUUGAGCCAGUUGGGUAAUUAAUAUGCAAUUUAUCGAAACUGAAAUUCGUUUUAGUGAAUGUAUAAGAAUAUUCCUCACUACAUCACCUUCGAAAUCAAGUCUUAGAGUGUUUUCUUCUCAAUCAUAGCAGUCUGUGGCUUGUUUUCCAGUUCAAUCAUUUAUUUAUUUGUUCCAUUUAUAAAUUAUUUGUUUUGCAGUAACAUUACCUUUUAUUCAAGUAACUUUUCUCCCACACUAUUUUCAAGGUAUAUUCGUUAGUACAUAUUACAACCUUCAUCUACUUUUCCUUUCAUAGAGAUCUAUACUAGCUCUUCUAUAACAAAUUCUUAAUUAUACAUUAAUCUUCUUUUAUUUCAAAUCACCUUAUCACCAAAAUAAACACGACACACUAUAUCCCAAUUUAUACUUGUUAUUUUAUAUUAGAUUUUUUUAUUGGCACUCAUCAUCUUUAGUCAUUAACUAUUGUUUUAUCCUUUGUUGCAUGAUCUUUUUAAUUUAACCAGUGAUCCAUUUCGUUAGUAUUAAUAUUCAUUAAAUGUGUCGUUCACUGUUUUCAUCUUAUAUUACUGAUUUUAACCAUAUCAUUCAUGUAAUGUAACACGAUAUUCAUGUAUUUAUAACUAUAAAGUCUAAAAGAGAUAUCAAAUAUGAUUGUUCGUUGAUAAAUUGUGCGUUUAUAAUUUUCUGUGAGAAUUUUUUCAAGUAACCACAAUAUUCAGUUUGUAAAUGGUUACACUUUCAAUGUUGAUAGAGAAAGCAUAUAGGCUGAUAUCUUAAAUAUUCAUAGGGAUUUGUAUUGUUCAUUUCUUAACUUUCAGCAGUCUCGGUGAGACUAUAAUUUAUGGACAACCUUUGAGCGACGCCAGACUGACCUUGAAAGUGUUCACCUAAUAACCAGGACUAAAUGAGGGCUAUAAACCUGCGUGAGGAAUUGGAAUUAUGAUUUACAGUUGAUGAUUGAGGUUAGAAAUUAGAUUUAGGGUUUUCAUCACGAACUGACAUAAGCUAUAAUGCCAAAACUUUAUUUAUCCGAAUGAAUGAGUGGAUUUUGCGUCAAAAUCCGAGACCUGUUAUCUUAUACGUGAUUGGUUCGUUCAUAAAUUAUAGUCUCGCCACAAUCUCUAUUGGUAUUUAUACAUGUUUAGCGGAUCUCCUUGAUUUAGCUUUCUUUUUGUUACAAAUUCUUGUGUUUUUGGCUAGUAGCUUAAAGUGGAACCGUGGAUGAGCACUUCACCUUAUUUAGAACUAGUUAACUGAGUACAUCAUUAUCUCAUUCGUAGUGUCAGCACUGCGAUUCAAACCUACUACCUUCCUAUUUUCAAUGUUCUGUUGGCAUUACUAUUUGUACAGUCAUACUUUAUGUACUUUAAUUACUUAUUAAAACUCAACAAUAGAGUAAAUCAAAUACCUAUUUAUCUGUUCUACUUAGGUUACCAAGGCAAUGCAAGGUUCUAGGUAUAGAUGUUCCUGACUACUUCAAACAAUGGAUAAAUUUAAAACAGAAUAAAACUAAUUUCAAAAUCACCUGAUUUUAUCUGUAUAAGAUGUGAUAAAAUUUUGUAGACUUAGCAAAGCGAGUAUUAUUUUCUGGAAAAAACAUGUGGAUCAAACUUGUCAAUAUGAUCACUUCGUAUUCUUUACAUACGAAACAGUAUCAUGUAUAUUGCGAUGUUAUGGGUCAAUUUCCAUUCGGUAUGAUGUCCAUGCUGUCGGGACUAAAUAUAAAACACACUGGUCGUCAUCACAGUGGUAUUGAUGAUUGUCAUAAUAUCGCAAAUAUUUUAUGUGAAUUAAUUCGAUGUGGUGCUGCUCUAGAUAUUACUGGAAACAUAAAAUAGUAUAUCUUGUUUCAACAUAUGUUGGUGUGUAAUUAGUUCAUUUUUUUCUGUCAGAAAAUGUAUAUAUUCCAUCUUGCAUGAAAUAUUCCAUAUUAAACCUGCGGAUAAGAUAGCAUGCCAUAAUCAGUACAAAAUUUUGAGUGAAAUGAAUAACAGAAUUCGAUUCGGUGCCAAAAGAUAAAAUUAUUAUGCAAAUGUAAAUAUCAAAAGUAAUAAAUAUACAAUCAAGUGUUAGAUAAAGUGUUACUGUUACAUUAAAGGUGUAUGUGGAGGAAUUUUCAUGCAUUCACAUCAAGACAUACAGAGUAUUCUUACAGUAUUAGAAUUGAAAAUAUAUGUUGCAAUUAAUAAGAUAUGAUUACAGUAUUAACUAGAUUUAAUAUUAUCGGCUUAUGUACACACUCAAGAAUAUGACUAUAGAUUUACGUCACACUGGAUACCAAAAGUUAUCGGAAAUUAAGUCGGCUACUGAAUCCGAUUAAUUAGUGUGGAUUAGUAAUCAGGAGGAAUUAGGACAAGAAAAAAAUGAAGACACAUAAUGUACAUAGAUUUAACACUGUCCCCCCACUCACCAAAAAGGACGACGUGACUUUCCCUACUUUCACUGAAUAAGUAAAAGAAAAUUAUAGCACGACCGUUACUGGAUCUCAUUCUAAACCAUGUCUGAUGACGUCUCAAUCUACUGUAUUGCACCACCUCUGGGAUGCUGACCAGGGAUUCGUGAAGGACCGACAAAAGUCAAUCCUCUGCAGCUGUUUUUCGUAACUCAACACCAUGUUAUGCACUGCAUACUACUUCACCUUUUCCGUACACUGUCGAACCUCUGCAUUACUAACAUAGUUUUGCCACUGAAUGUCAGCGAUCUCUCGGAGACAACGAUGAUGAAACACAGAAAGUUGUCUGGAACCCUCGAUUCGGAUAGGCAAGGUUUCACAAACAGCUCUCAUUGACACAUCGUGGGUCCGACCUUUUACAGCCAGACUAACCGUGGAGGCGCUAAAGAUGACCAAGAAUGACAUCAGCCGCUCUGGCUUUCACCAGAUGUAAAUUGAUAUCGCCACUCACGCCACCACCAGCACUUACGCAAUUACCUAGAUACACGAACCUCUUGACUACUUCUAUCUGUUCACUACCCGGGGUGAGUGCAGGAUCAG